GGCAUCCUCAAAGCAAACCAAAAGAAUAAAGAGAGAGAAAAAAACCUUCUGUUUCUUAAGACCUCUUCCCACUCUUCAAUAGACCUACGUCUCUUUCUUUUUUUCUUUCUUUACGAUCCGAUCCUUCUAAAUCUUUUCCAAAUUCUUCUGAUUCAAAUUUUCAAACUCCUUUUGUUCCUCUUAGUUCUUGAAUCUUGAGAAAAAAAGGAAAAAAAACAAAUUUUCCUGAUUUUUUUUUGCUUCAUUUUUGUUGCUCUGUUUGCCGUCGAUCAAGGUACUGCCGUCUGAAAGAAACCCUAGUUUCUAAUUUACGAUGGCUGCUUCUAAUUUACCAGAUGCUGAUUCGGUGACGGCAUCGACUGCCGAUCAUUCUCCUCGUAAUUCUGGACAGAAUAACAGUAGCAGCGGUAGUAGCCCCAAAUCAUCAUCACGUCGCUCUGGUGGGCGUACAGUGUCAUCUCCGUGGACACAGAUUGUUCGUGGUGAAAUAGAUAUCGCGGCGGCUGUUUCGUCAUCUGCAUCUCCGACGGCUGUUGUUGAACCGGUUUCAUUUUCUUCUUCUUCGUCUGAAGAGCCAGUGGGUGAGAGUUACGAUGGCGGGAAUGGGUCGUCCGCCAAUGCUGGAAAGAAGCCAGCGUGGAACAAACUUGCUAAUGGAACUGAAGCUGGGCCUGUUAUGGGGGCCGUGUCUUGGCCCGCUCUGUCGGAGUCUGCCAAGGGCACACCUAAAUCAUCUUCGGAUUCACUUAAAAGUUUAGGGGAUGGAUCCACUGGCGCGCAGGGGACUGGACCUUCAUCAUCAGCAUCAUCAAACAAAGAAGGUAAUAAUGAUGUUAGUCCUAAUCCUGAUUCAACUCUUACUCAUCCAAUAACUCCGCGCCAGAAAUCAAUGAGGCGUAAUGGUUCGAGUAAUUCAUAUAAUAGUAGCCUUCCUCAACAGUCUGCACCUUCAAGUCCUGUGAUUGAUUCAGCUCCUAAUAAUUCUCCGAAGGAUCAGACACAAAGAACCACAUUGGUAUCAUCACAAUCACAUAAUGAUCAUGGUCAUCAACAGCCACGUAAUUCAUUUCGGAGUCGUGGUGGUGGUUCACAUCCACGUGGGGAUAAUUCCCAUCAUCAUAACUAUGGUUCUAGACGUGAUUAUGAUCGUGGAAAUCAAGAUUGGAAUUCAAACCGAAAUUAUAAUGCACAACCUCAUAGAGUGGUUCACAGGUUUAUUAGACCUCCUCCACCUCCACCUCCUAAUACUACUGCCUUUAUUUCUUCUCCAACAAUGAGGCCUAUUGGGGGUCCGCUGCCCUUCCCUGAUUUUGUACCUCCGGUGGUGUAUAUUGGUCCUCCUCCAGAGGCUCUUAGAGGUGUACCUUUUGUGGCUCCAAUAUCACCAAAUGCGAUGUUUUUUCAUAGCCCGGACCCUCAGUUGUACACUAUGAUAGUGAGUCAGAUAGAAUACUAUUUUAGUAGUGAAAAUUUAAUAAAAGAUACUUUCUUGAGGCAGAACAUGAAUGAAGAAGGAUGGGUUCCAGUUAAACUAAUAGCAAGCUUCAGCAAGGUUCAACGCCUGACUGAAAAUAUUCAAACUAUAUUGGAUGCAUUGCAGUCAUCUACAGUUGUGGAAGUAAAGGGAGAUACUGUAAGGAGGCGAAAUGAUUACGAAAGAUGGAUUAUUCGGCCUGGUCAAGUUCCUGAUCUUUCAGGCCUCCCAUUAAGCCCCGGAAGUUCCAAUCAGGAUAUGCUGGCAGCUGGUGUGCAAGGUAUUGCACUAGAGAAUAUUAAUCAUAGGGGCUUUGAAGGUGGACAGGGUGAUGAUCGUACAGGCCAAGUGAAUACCAUGGCAGGUUCAGAUCAUUCAUCUUCUGAAAGGAGUUAGACCAAGUUUGUGCUGUGAACCCAUGUCCUUCUGGAGGAAAACUAGAUGUGGGUUGUAGAGAUAAAAUGAGGAGAUGUUAGUCACACGGUUUGCUCGACAAAUAUUCUCUUCUCUUGAUGCCAAGUAAAUUGGUAAACUGAAGUUGAAGAAGAGGAACAAUUUUAAAAAGAAAAAGGAAAAAACAAAAACUUACACUCUAUAACUUAAAACUUAAAAAAUGAAAAAAAAAAAAAAAAAAAA